AUGGUUCUGGCGCCUGUGUGUUAUUUUGCACCUUCUGUGCAGACCGCAGAUAAUGGGAGAUCUCUAAAAAUCUCCUUACAGCACACUUUCAUCCUCCUUACAGUCUCCUUACAGCCUCCUUACAGCCUCCUUACAGCACACUUUCAUCCUCCUUACAGUCUCCUUACAGCCUCCUUACAGCCGACUUUCAUCCUCCUUACAGUCUCCUUACAGCCUCCUUACAUCCUCCUUACAUCCUCCUUACAGUCUCCUUACAGCCUCCUUACAGCCUCCUUCCAUCCUCCUUACAGCCUCCUUACAGUCUCCUUACAGCCUCCUUACAGCCGACUUUCAUCCUCCUUACAGUCUCCUUACAGCCUCCUUACAGCCUCCUUCCAUCCUCCUUACAGCCUCCUUACAGCCUCCUUACAGCCUCCGUACAGCCUCCUUACAGCCUCCUUACAUCCUCCUUACAGCCGACUUUCAUCCUCCUUCCAUCCUCCUUACAGCCUCCUUCCAGCCUCCUUCCAUCCUCCGUACAGCCUCCUUACAGCCUCCUUACAUCCUCCUUACAGCCGACUUUCAUCCUCCUUCCAUCCUCCUUACAGCCUCCUUACAGUCUCCUUACAGUCUCCUUACAGUCUCCUUACAGCCUCCUUACAGCCUCCGUACAGCCUCCUUACAGUCUCCUUACAUCCUCCUUACAGCCGACUUUCAUCCUCCUUCCAUCUUCCUUCCAGCCUCCUUACAUCCUCCUUACAGCCGCUUUGCAGUCUCCUUACAUCCUCCAUACAUCCUCCUUACAGCCGACUUUCAUCCUCCUUACAGUCUCCUUACAGCCUCCUUACAGCCGACUUUCAUCCUCCUUACAGCCGCCUUACAUCCUCCUUACAGCCGACUUUCAUCCUCCUUACAGCCUCCUUACAGCCGACUUUCAUCCUCCUUACAGUCUCCUUACAGCCUCCUUACAGCCUCCUUACAGCACACUUUCAUCCUCCUUACAGUCUCCUUACAGCCUCCUUACAGCCUCCUUACAGCCGACUUUCAUCCUCCUUACAGUCUCCUUACAGCCUCCUUACAUCCUCUUUACAGCCUCCUUACAGCAGCCUUAGUCUCCUUACAUCCUCCUUACAGCCGCCUUACAGCCGCCAUACAGCCUCCUUACAGUCUCCUUACAGCCUCCUUACAGCCGACUUUCAUCCUCCUUACAGCCUCCUUACAGCCUCCUUGCAGCCUCCUUAA